AUGGCCUCGCAAGUGCAAGUGUUCUCCCCUCACACUCUCCAGUCAAGUGCCUUCUUUAGCGUGAAGAAACUGAAGGUGGAGCAGAGUUGUAACUGGGAUAUGACAGGGUACGGCACACACAGCAAAGUCUACAGCCACAACAGCAGCAAGAACGUGUCGACCACCAGUGGUCCCCUCGGCAUCAACAGCUCCCUGCAGGUCGCCAGCUCCACCCUGCCCUACGAGCAGGCGCUCAUCUUCCCAGCAAGCGCGGGCCACAUUGUGGUCGCCUCAGCCAGCAGCACUUCGGGGGCCGUGGGGUCUCUGCUGAGCAGCGGGGGUGGAGGCAGCAGCAGCAACAGCAGUGGUGGUGGAGGUGGCGGUGGCAGUGGUGUGGGUGGCGGGGUUGGUGUUCACAACCUGACGCGCCGCAGUACGGUCAGUCUCCUUGACACCUACCAGCGAUGCGGGCUUAAACGUAAGAGUGAGGAGCUUGACAACAACAGCAGUGUGCAGAUCAUUGAGGAACACGGUCCACCAAUGAUCCAGAACGGAGCAGCCAGUGGAGCCACGGUGGCUACAGCGGCCACCGCCACCUCCACAGCUACAUCCAAAAACAGCGGCUCCAACAAUGAGGGGGACUACCAGCUGGUGCAACAUGAGGUGCUCUGCUCCAUGACUAACACCUACGAAGUCCUGGAAUUCUUGGGGCGGGGAACCUUUGGACAGGUGGUAAAGUGCUGGAAGAGGGGCACCAACGAGAUUGUGGCAAUCAAGAUCUUAAAAAACCACCCGUCUUAUGCACGGCAGGGUCAGAUCGAGGUGAGCAUCCUGGCGCGUCUCAGCACGGAGAGUGCAGAUGACUACAACUUUGUGAGGGCCUACGAGUGCUUCCAGCACAAGAACCACACGUGCCUGGUAUUUGAGAUGCUGGAGCAGAACCUGUACGACUUCCUCAAGCAGAACAAGUUCAGCCCGCUGCCGCUCAAAUACAUCAGACCCGUGCUACAGCAGGUGGCCACAGCACUGAUGAAACUGAAGAGCCUGGGGCUGAUCCACGCUGACCUGAAGCCGGAGAACAUCAUGCUCGUGGACCCGUCUCGACAACCCUACAGGGUCAAAGUCAUUGACUUUGGCUCAGCCAGCCAUGUGUCCAAAGCAGUGUGCUCUACUUAUCUGCAGUCCAGAUACUACAGGCCCCUGUACCCUCAGCCCCCCAUCACCAUGGCUGGCUCCCAUUUCCCCCAGGAUAGAGAUGAGGG